GACGCGGGCGUCGGGCCGGGCGUCGCAGUCACGGAGUACGUCAUGUUACCGCUGGUCGCCGUCCUUGAGGUGGUGGUGCUGCUGGGCACAGUCAUGGUGGCGCUGUUGGUCGCAGUCGUUGUGCUCGUUGUGACAGCGGUGCUGCUGGUCGAAUUCGUGGUGACGCUGGUGCUGCUGGUGGCGCUGCUGGUCGCAGUCGUGGUGGCGCUGCUGUUGCUAGCAGUCGUGGUGGGCGUCGUUCUGCUGCUG